AAUACAGGGUUCUGAGAGCUCAGACAUUGGAUUCAGAUUCCAGGAUUCAAAUCCACACUGCUGCUUUCCAGGUAUUUUACUUUGCUUUGGUUUUUCAUCCUUAAUGGGAUGGGCCUUUCACAUUUUCUGAUGUGAGGUGAUUGAGCUUGUUUGAUAAAUAGGCCAUUGAGUACAGGUAGCAGGGCCUUCUGUCAUGGGAGUUUAAUGAUCUUUGGUAGUGAGGGUCUUCAGUGGUAAGAUGGUGGCAAUGGCCUGGUUUUACACAUCUGGUUGGUCUUAGUUCCUCAAUUCUACAUUACCCUUUGGUCCAGGUUCAGGUGGGUAUUAGAGUCCCAUGAGUUUGGUUAGUCCAUUUAGAGUUUCUAAUGAGUUGUGUUCAGUUUCCACCUGGCUGACUUUGAGCCAAAUACCACCAGCUAGCACGUUCCAGGACAUCCUACAUAGCAUUCCAACAUUUGGGGGUGGGGGGCAAAGCAUGUGCUAAUGGACUGAAAGUUCUCAAAAUAUGUUGAACCCUUCAGUUCUAACCCCCAACACUCACCUAUGAUGGUAUUGGGGAGAUUGAGUCUUCAGGAGGUCAUUAGGAUUGAUGAUCUCGUGAGAUUAGUACCCUUAAAAGAGUCAAGCAAGCCUGUUUCCCCCAUCUGCUCUCCACUGUGCGAGGAGGAUACCAGAAGUUGGCAGUCUACAACCUGGAAGAUGAUCCUCACCAGAGCUUGACCAUGCUGGCACCCUGGUUUCAGGCUUGCAGCCUCCAAAACCGUAGACAGAGACUCUGCAACUUCUUGGACCUGUCCACUGGCCAGGCUCAGGCUCCCGCGGGCGGACACGCAGGAAGAGGAGGCCGGGGAAUGGCCGCGGUGUGGCAGCAGGUCUUAGCAGUGGACGCUAGGUACAACGCGUACCGCACACCAACGUUUCCACAGUUUCGGACACAGUAUAUCCGACGGCGCAGCCAGCUGCUGCGGGAGAAUGCCAAGGCUGGGCACCCCCCAGCACUGCGUCGGCAGUACCUGAGGCUGCGGGGACAGCUGUUGGGCCAGCGCUACGGCCCCCUCUCUGAACCAGGCAGUGCCCGUGCCUACAGCAACAGCAUCAUCCGCAGCAGCCGCACUACCCUUGACCGCAUGGAGGACUUUGAGGAUGAUCCUCGGGCUCUGGGAGCCCGUGGGCACCGCCGUUCUGUCAGCCGAGGCUCCUACCAGCUGCAGGCGCAGAUGAACCGCGCUGUCUAUGAAGACAGGCCUCCCGGCAGCGUGGUACCCACUUCAGUGGCGGAAGCAAGUCGGGCCAUGGCUGGGGACACGUCACUGAGCGAGAACUAUGCCUUUGCAGGCAUGUACCAUGUUUUUGACCAGCACGUGGAUGAGGCAGUCCCGAGGGUGCGCUUCGCCAAUGACGACCGGCACCGCCUGGCCUGUUGUUCACUGGAUGGCAGCAUCUCCCUGUGCCAGCUGGUGCCCGCCCCACCCACCGUGCUGCGCGUGCUGCGGGGACACACCCGUGGUGUCUCUGACUUCGCCUGGUCCCUCUCCAAUGACAUCCUUGUGUCCACCUCCCUUGAUGCUACCAUGCGCAUCUGGGCCUCUGAGGACGGCCGCUGCAUCCGGGAGAUCCCUGACCCCGAUGGCGCCGAACUGCUCUGCUGCACCUUCCAGCCAGUCAACAACAACCUCACUGUGGUGGGGAACGCCAAGCACAACGUGCAUGUCGUAAACAUCUCCACGGGCAAGAAGGUGAAGGGUGGUUCCAGCAAGCUGACAGGCCGGGUCCUGGCUCUGUCCUUUGACGCCCCUGGCCGGCUGCUCUGGGCAGGUGAUGACCGCGGCAGUGUUUUCUCCUUCCUCUUUGACAUGGCCACAGGGAAGCUGACCAAAGCCAAGCGUCUGGUGGUGCAUGAGGGGAGCCCUGUGACCAGUAUCUCCGCCCGCUCCUGGGUCAGCCGCGAGGCCCGGGACCCCUCGCUGCUCAUCAACGCUUGCCUCAACAAGCUGCUGCUCUACAGGGUGGUGGACAAUGAGGGGACCCUGCAGCUGAAGAGGAGCUUCCCUAUUGAGCAGAGCUCUCAUCCCGUACGCAGCAUCUUCUGCCCCCUCAUGUCCUUCCGCCAGGGGGCCUGCGUGGUGACAGGCAGUGAGGACAUGUGCGUGCACUUCUUUGAUGUGGAACGGGCUGCCAAGGCUGCUGUCAACAAGCUGCAGGGCCACAGCGCCCCCGUGCUAGAUGUCAGCUUCAACUGUGAUGAGAGCCUGCUGGCAUCCAGUGACGCCAGUGGCAUGGUCAUCGUCUGGAGGCGGGAACAGAAGUAGGAACCUUCCCACCCACCUCCUGCAGCCAGCCCGUGUUUGUAAAUAAAUUUUCUGUGCUCGUGCUGA